GAAAUUUAUGAUGAGGCACUUUUUUGCUUUGAGAAGGCAAUAUCGGCCAUACUACAAUCUUCCCUCAAAAUCAGAGAAUGGCCGCAAAAUGACCGGUUUUCUCACCCCAUACCGUCAUUGGAUGUGGAAACAGAAUGAGCUUUGGCGCAAUGUGCAUGAGGCGCAGUUUGAGCAUCUUCGCAAAGUCCACAAGCGUCAAUGGUUGGAAUCUUUCCGUGUCAACGCGAAUGAAUACAUAUAUAAGUACAACAUUACUAAGGCCGCACAGUUAGCGCAGUGGGAAUUUGAGAUGCAAACGCAAGAAAACAAACGAAUAGAGAACCAGCAGCUGUCACAUGGUAGACAAGCACUUAAGAAAAAGCACUUGGAUCUGUUACGCGAGUUUUACGAGCGGCAAUUCUUCUACUGGUAUGAACGCGCAAGCGAGCGACUCCAGUAUAUGGAGCACAUUAACUACGUUCCUCAGGCUAAUUUUAUUGAGCAUCUUGAGUGUGAAUUGGACAAAUACGUGGCAGGGUCUAAAUUUUCAUACCCCCUCAAUUUUGCAGGGCAGCUGCCAUUGUUAGAAGAUCGAGCAGGCAACAUUACCCAAAUUCCGGCUACGCUGAUGCCAUAUCACGCCACUGAAAACCAGGACUCGGGGGCAACAAUGUAUCAGCCUCCACAAAGCACCAAGGUUAACGAAGUGCGCUUGUUGGAAUUGAUGGCAAGCGCACAUGAAGAAGACAUGCAAUUGCAAGCAGAUGAGUCUCAGGCAUUUUCAACCGCUAUGGGGGACAUAGACCGAGAAGAGGAAGAAAAAGAAUUUGAUCGAAAGGUCGCUCCAAGCAUGGAGGAGAGUUAUGAAGAACGGGAAACAAACCGGCGGGCCUACAUUGACCGUGGUAAGAUCGGCUCAAAAUUGAUCAUUCGUCGUCCUCGCUUAGAUGAUGAUACAGGUAAACUCCCUACGCCGAGUUCAACUCCAAUGAAGCGGCAAAGUAAAAAUGACAAAGUGCAUUCGAUGCAGGCAAAACAGGAUGCAAUUAGUACGCAGCUUCAGAAAAGGUUUCUUAAGCCAGGUAUUGAUUUAAGCAAUAUGCCUAAACGUGGCGAAAUAGGAGAGCAUAGGGGCCGAAUUCGUGACAAGAUACAGGCCCCCACGCUGGAUGAGCUAUCUAAAAACCCUAUAUUGCAGAAGACCAAUACCUUGGGUCGGAUCGUUCGCACUCAAGAUUCCCUGGACAAGCGGUACGGGCGUGGGAAAUACAAAACAUCGAAACCCAAUUCGGGAGAGGAUCUGUAAGAAAAAUAUCCAGCAUGAUAUUAAACGAUCAUUAUGAAAA